AUGUCGAAAAUCUCAGUCGCCGGAGUGCGUGGACACGUCAAGGAACUUCUCUCCUACAGUCUCGAAACCAAGAAGCGUAAUUUCUUGGAAACCGUCGAACUCCAGAUCGGCUUGAAGAACUAUGACCCUCAGCGUGACAAGCGUUUCUCCGGAACUGUCAAGCUCCCCCAGGUUCCUCGCCCAAACAUGAGCGUCUGCAUCCUCGGUGACCAGCACGAUAUCGAUCGUGCGAAGCACGUUGGUGUUGACUCCAUGUCUGUUGACGACUUGAAGAAGCUCAACAAGAACAAGAAGUUGAUCAAGAAGCUCGCCAGGAAGUACGAUGCUUUCAUCGCUUCCGAGAAUUUGAUCAAGCAGAUUCCACGUCUCUUGGGACCUGGUUUGUCCAAGGCUGGCAAAUUCCCAACCCCGAUUUCGCAUAAUGAGGAUCUCACGGGUAAAUUGACGGAUGUCAAGUCUACAAUCAAGUUCCAGUUGAAGAAGGUUCUCUGCUUGGGUGUUGCCGUCGGAAACGUCGGUAUGACCGAAGAUCAGUUGAUUGGUAACAUCAUGUUGGCCAUCAACUACCUUGUCUCUUUGUUGAAGAAGGGCUGGCAGAACGUCGGAAGCUUGACCAUCAAGGCUUCCAUGUCUCCUCCUAAGCGCCUCUAUUAG